UUAAAUGGCGCAAGUGUUCUAAACCAUUAAAUAUUUAAGUUAUCUGGUGGACUAGAGAGUUGGUCAUGGGCUUAUCACGCGAAUAAAUGCCUAAAUAAUGAAUUAUAAAACAUUUGAAGUCAGAAAAGGCCCUGUUAAUGACAUAAUCGUAAUAUACUGUAAUGUUUACACUGUAUUAUACAGGUGGUGACAGGAUUAACCUAAUACCGUCAGGUAUAACAAUAGAAGAUAAUCAUAUAUCUAGAGUUGGCAGAGUAGCCGCUGUCGGUGCUGAUGGUAUCAGUCACGCUGGUGUUCAUAAUGUAAUAAGAAAUAAUUAUAUUCACCAUGGAACCUAUUCCUGUAUAACCUGGGCAGGUAACGAUCAUGUUAUGGAAUAUAAUCAUUUUCAAGACUGUUGUCAGAAUUCUAGUGAUUGUGGUGCAGUGCACUGUGGACGCGAUUGGAGUAUGAGAGGAAAUUAUAUACGUCACAACUAUUUCCAAAAUACUCACAGAAACUGGCCAGGUGCCCAAGUACGAGGUGUUAUGUUAGACGACGAGUUUUCCAGUGUAAACAUAGAAAAUAAUGUAUUUCUUAAUAAUGAAGUCCAUGCUAAUAUAGGAGGUGGUCGUGAUAAUAUUAUACGGUAUAAUAUAUUCUAUAAUGCAACUGAGAUAGCCAUUGAUGUUGAUGCCAGAGGUUUAACUGGUGCUGAUUUGCCCCAACUAGAGGCAUCAUUAAAGAAAGUGCCAUAUACUAACGCAUUAUGGUCUUCAAGAUAUCCUAAAUUAGCGGCUAUGGCCUACGACAAGGUUAGGGGCGCACCAAGAGGUAAUGAAAUCUACAAAAAUGUUUACUAUGCCCACGAUGAUCGACUUAUGAACUAUCAUGGCAGUUUUGUUGUAAAUGACUCAUAUUUUAACGUAGCUGACAAUUAUAUGGCGUGGUUGCAGAACGAAUUCGUAUCGCCAGAGAACCUUAAUUUUGAUCUACAGGGUGCUGCAAACGAAUGGGCGAAAAGUAAUGAUUUUCCAACACCAAUUGCUUUUAAAAAUGUUGGUCCCCGAAUUAAACCUGGUCCAUCAUAUUUACAUACAGACAGAGAAAAAAAACACAGCUAAAAUGAUUAGAGUGGCAGUUUGAGAGAGUCACAGCACAGGAUAGCGUUGUUAACUUCUUUAGAGUUACAAUUUCAUAUUUUCUAAGAAAGUCAAAACAUAAUUAUUUCUGUCUUUUGCUCAAUAGGUUGUCAACUCACUAUUAUACGAUCAUAGGUUAUCUUUCUCACACUUAAAAAUCUUCACACCGGAAAUAACACAAUUACCUCCCAAUUACCCCCCUUGUUUUCCUAUUCCCCACCAUGGAAUAGCUAUCUUCAAACGUUUGAAUUUGAAGUUGAAAAUUAUAUUUUGCCAGUUUGUCAACCGGCACUAGUGGAUUAUAGGAUUAAUAGGAAUAUUGUUUAACAAGGUAGGACUGUUUAUAGAUACCAUCAAUUUUUGGGCUUUAUUUUAAUACAUUUUAAAAAUAUAACUUAAAAAUAUGAAAUUGUAACUUUAAAUUAUAUCAUAAUUAAAUGAUAAAUAUACGAAAACGGAUUAUGUGUUGUUGUUUUUUCGGGGUGGGGGCAAUUACGUAUGCUGUACGAGUAGUGUACAAGUAUUUUGGCAAACAUAAUUUAAGUCUACUAUGUAUUAUAUUCCACUAUAUUAUGGCGGUC